AUGCGCCGUAUCACUUGCUUCCUUUCUUGCUUCCUCACAGGACUGUCGGCCGCCACAGCAAUCGAUCCGCUCGCGUAUGUCGACCCUCUGAUCGGCUCCCAGGACGGCGGCAACGUCUUUGCCGGCGCAACGCUGCCCUAUGGCCUCGCCAAGGCUGUCGCCGAAGUCGACGGCCAAAAUACGGGUGGCUUUGCCACCGACGGCAGCAACAUCACCGGCUUCUCGAGCCUUCACGACAGCGGCACCGGAGGCAACCCGAGCCUUGGCAAUUUUCCCCUCUUUCCGCAGCUCUGCCCCGACGACGCCCUCGACGCUUGCAAGUACCGCAUCGGCGAGCGCAAAGAGCGGUACGUGAAUGAUUCCGUGCAGGCGACGCCAGGCCGUUUUGCGAUUGAGCUCGCCUCAGGCAUCCACGCGGAAAUGACGGUGUCGGAGCACGCGGCGCUGUAUCGCUUCACAUUUCCGCAAGGCGAUGCGCACCCACAUAUCCUGCUAGACUUGACGGAUCUGUGGAAGAGCCGCCAGAACGCGUCGAUUCGUGUGGACCCGGACACGGGACGCAUGACGGGCAACGGCACGUUUCUACCGAGUUUUGGCGCCGGCUCGUACGUGCUGCAUUUCUGCGUCGACUUCUUCGGCGCGCAUGUCCACGAUACCGGCGUGUGGGUCAAUAGCCGCGGCGGCACCGACCCAAAGGAGUUGUACGUGACGCGCGGCUUUAACUUGUUCUACGUGGAGGCGGGCGGCUGGGUGCGGUUCAAAACGACCGGCAAGGACCGCACAGUGACGGCGCGGGUGGGGGUGAGUUUCAAGAGCGGCGAGCAGGCGUGCCGCAGCGCCGAGACGGAAAUUGAAUACCCGCUGGACGAAGGCAAGUUUGGAAAGCUGGUGGACGGAGCGAGGGAGAAGUGGAGGGAGAAGCUGAGUCUGAUUAGUAUAAAAAGUGGCGGUGCGACCGAAGAUCUGCAGAAGAGCUUCUGGAGCGGUGCGUACCGCAACAUGAUUUCACCGCAGAAUUAUACGGGUGAGAACCCGCACUGGGAUACGGGACGGCCGUACUUUGACUCGUUCUACUGCAUGUGGGAUGCGUUCCGCGUCCAGCACCCUUUCCUGACCGUCGUCGACCCGACCGCGCAGGCGCAAAUGGUCAACACCCUGCUCGACAUCUACGUCCACGACGGCUGGCUUCCCGACUGCCACAUGUCGCUCUGCAGCGGCUGGACGCAGGGCGGGUCCAACGCCGACGUCGUCCUCGCCGACGCCUUUCACAAGAACCUCUCCACGUCCAUCGACUGGAACGUUGCACUCCGCGCCGUUCUCGCCGACGCCGAAGACGAGCCGCUCGAGUGGUCGGUCCACGGCCGCGGCGGCCUGCGCAGCUGGAAAGCGCUCAACUACAUCCCUUACCUCGACUACGACCCGCUCGGGUUCGGCACGAACUCGAGAAGUGUCUCGCGCACGCUGGAGUACGCGUAUAAUGAUUAUUGUAUCGCGACCAUGGCGGGGGGCAUGGGGAAGGCGGAGCUGAAAGAAAAGUAUUCAAGAAGGAGUACGAAUUGGCUGAAUCUGUGGAAGGAGGAUCAGACGUCAGUGAUUAAUAGCACGGAUACGGGUUUUAGAGGUUUUUUUCAGCCGAAAUAUCAGAAUGGCACUUGGGGGUUCCAGGAUCCGAUUGCGUGUUCGGCGCUGGCGAGCUUUUGCUCGCUGACGACGAAUCCAAGCGAGACAUUCGAGGCCAGCAUCUGGCAGUAUCUCUUCUACGUCCCUCACUCCACUGCCGCUCUCAUCGACCUGCUCGGCGGCGACGACGCCUUCAUCAAGCGCCUCGACUACUUCCACACCGUCGGCCUCGCCGACAUCUCCAACGAGCCCGUCUUCCUGACCGUCUACAUGUACCAUUACGCCGGCCGUCCGGCGCUGUCUACGCGGCGUAUCCAUACCUACAUUCCCAAGUCGUUUAAUUCCUCCCCGGGCGGUCUGCCCGGCAACGACGAUUCAGGCGCCAUGGGCUCCUUUCUCUUCUUUUCCGUGCUCGGCCUGUUCCCUGUCGCCGGGCAAAACGUGUACCUGAUUAGCGCGCCUUUUUUUGAAGAGGUGAGCAUCACGAGCCCGCAGACGGGCAAAACGGCGACGGUGCGGUGCAGCAAUUUUGAUGCCAGUUACAAGAGGGUAUACGUGCAGAGCGCGACGGUGAAUGGGGCGCCGUGGACAAGGUCGUGGAUCGGACACGAGUUCUUUACAGAGGGGUGGACGCUAGAGUUGGAGCUUGGGGAGGAGGAGUCGAGCUGGGGAUCGAAGAUGGAGGACCGCCCGCCGAGCUUUGCGGUCAAAAUAGGACCUUCGGCGCAUCUGCAACGCAUCCUUACCGCCUUCGAAAAAACGCCCCUCUUGACCCCUCUGGGCUUGGGGUUUACUGCUGUCACGUAUCAGAACAAGGCUGAUGAGAUGGUGGAGGGCACAGAGGGCUGCUAA